AGGCAAAGGGGACCAUGCGGCGCCUGUCUCGCCGCCUGGCGCUGCCCAUCUUCGGAGUGCUCUGGAUCACCGUGCUGCUGUUCUUCUGGGUAACCAAGAAGAAGUUGGAGGUGUCCGCGGGACCUGAAGUGCAGACCCCCAAGAUUUUGGAUGCUGACUGGGAUGACCUGUGGGACCAGUUUGAUGAGCGGCGGUAUCUGAAUGCCAAAAGGUGGCGCGUGGGUGACGAUCCCUAUAAGCUGUACGCUUUCAACCAGCGGGAGAGCGAGCGGAUCUCCAGCAAUCGGGCCAUCCCGGACACUCGCCACCUGAGAUGCACCCUGCUGAUGUAUUGCAGGGACCUCCCUCCCACCAGCAUCAUCAUCACCUUCCACAACGAGGCCCGCUCCACGCUGCUCAGGACCAUCCGCAGCGUAUUAAACCGCACCCCCAUGAAUCUGAUCCAGGAAAUCAUAUUAGUUGAUGACUUCAGCAAUGACCCUGGGGACUGCAAAGAGCUCAUCAAGCUGCCCAAGGUGAAAUGCUUACGCAAUAACCAGCGGCUAGGCCUGGUCCGGUCCCGGAUCCGGGGCGCCGAUGUUGCCCAGGGCACCACCCUGACUUUCCUGGACAGCCACUGUGAGGUGAACAGGGACUGGCUCCAGCCACUGCUGCACAGGGUCAAGGAGGACUACACACGGGUGGUGUGCCCCGUGAUUGAUAUCAUCAACCUGGACACCUUCAGCUACAUCGAGUCUGCCACGGAGCUCCGUGGGGGGUUUGACUGGAGCCUCCACUUCCAAUGGGAGCAGCUUUCCCCGGAGCAGAAGGCCCGGCGCCUGGACCCCGCCGAGCCCAUCAGGACCCCCGUCAUAGCAGGAGGGCUCUUCGUGAUGGACAAAUCCUGGUUCGAGUACCUGGGGAAGUACGACAUGGACAUGGACAUCUGGGGUGGAGAGAACUUCGAAAUCUCCUUCAGAGUGUGGAUGUGCGGGGGCAGCCUCGAGAUCGUCCCCUGCAGCCGAGUGGGCCACGUCUUCCGGAAGAAGCACCCGUAUGUUUUCCCGGAUGGAAACGCCAACACGUACAUAAAGAACACCAAACGGACAGCUGAAGUGUGGAUGGAUGAAUACAAGCAGUACUAUUAUGCUGCCCGGCCAUUCGCCUUGGACAGGCCCUUCGGCAACAUCGAGAGCAGGCUGGACCUGAGGAAGAACCUACAGUGCCAGAGCUUCCAGUGGUACCUGGAGAACGUCUACCCGGAACUCAGAGUCCCCAAGGAUUCCUCCAUCCAGAAGGGCAAUAUCCGACAGAGGCAGAAGUGCCUGGAGUCACAAAGGCAGAAAAACCAGGAGAUCCCCAACCUCAGGUUAGGCCCGUGUGUCAAGAUCAAAGGCGAGGAGGCGAAGUCCCAGAUCUGGGCCUUCACGUACACCCAGCAGAUCCUGCAGGAGGAGCUGUGCCUGUCAGUCAUCACCUUUUUCCCUGGUGCCCCAGUGGUUCUUGUCCUUUGCAAGAAGGGAGAUGACAAACAGCAAUGGACGAAGACCGGCUCCCGCAUCGAGCACGUGGCCUCGCACCUCUGCCUGGACACAGACAUGUUUGGUGACGGCACUGAGAAUGGCAGGGAAGUCGUCGUCAACCCGUGUGAGUCCUCGGUCAUGAGCCAGCACUGGGACAUGGUGAGCCUUUGA